GGAUGCAUCCUAGAUGCAUGUAACCUUUAAACUUUCCAAUUAGAUAUUAUUAUUUCAAUUUUUUUCCUCCCUCCAACAAAUCUUCAGAUUAAUACGUUGCCAACUUCUAAACUUGAUUCUCAACUGUGAUUUAUAUACAACACAUUUCUAUCCAAUCUUAAACACACUUAAAGCCUACGAAAAUGUCUUCAGUGAAGCGAAGAAAGUUAUCUCCUUCCGAGGACCACGACGAGAGCCAUGACGAUGAACAUAACGAAUCUCCCGAGUCCGAAACCGUAGAAGAGUCUGUUGCCGAAGCCGCCCCGAAGACAUUUAAGGAACUGGGUAUCGUCGACCCUCUAGUUGAAGCAUGCCUUGCGCUCGGAUACAAAAAUCCUACACCCAUUCAGGCGCAAUCCAUCCCUCUUGCCCUCCAGAAUAGGGAUCUUAUAGGCCUUGCCGAAACUGGUAGUGGAAAGACAGCCGCUUUCGUAUUACCAAUCCUUCAAGCACUUCUCGAGAAGCCCUCGCCCUUCUUUGGCCUUAUACUAGCUCCAACCCGUGAGCUGGCAUCACAAAUCGGUCAAGCAGUAGAUGCCCUAGGAGCCUCCAUAUCAGUACGAUCUACUGUCAUUGUCGGUGGCUUGGACAUGAUCCCUCAAUCCAUCGCUCUAUCCAAGAAACCACAUAUCGUCGUAGCCACCCCCGGUCGCCUGCUAGAUCAUCUCGAGAAGACAAAAGGCUUCAAACUGUCAAAUACCAAAUACUUGGUCAUUGAUGAGGCUGAUCGACUACUGGAUAUGGACUUCGGCCCUAUCCUUGAUAAACUACUUAAAUUCCUACCAAGAGAGAGGCGAACGUUCCUCUUCAGCGCAACCAUGUCCUCAAAAGUCGAGAGUCUGCAGAGAGCUAGUCUACGAGAUCCCUUGCGCGUUAGCAUCAGCAGCAACAAGUACCAAACCGUCUCAACUCUACAACAGUACUAUCUCUUUAUUCCCCAUAUGCACAAGGAUGUAUACUUGAUUUUCCUUGUAGCAAGUGAGUUCGCGGGGAGGUCUGCUAUCAUAUUCACGCGGACGGUUUACGAAACUCAGAGAGUCGCAAUUCUACUUCGAUACCUAGGCUUUGGGGCAAUCCCUCUUCAUGGUCAAUUAUCUCAGUCUGCACGUUUAGGUGCUCUGAACAAGUUCAAGUCAGGAUCUCGGGAUAUCCUAGUUGCAACUGAUGUUGCUGCGCGAGGUCUAGAUAUACCCAAAGUUGACGUUGUGCUCAACCUAGAUUUACCUCAAGAUAGCAAGACUUAUAUUCACAGAGUCGGCAGAACAGCCCGUGCGGGAAAUGCCGGUCAAGCAGUGAGCCUAGUAACGCAGUACGAUCUUGAGAUCUACCAGCGGAUAGAGGCAGCCUUAGGUAAAAAGUUGACCGAAUAUGAGACGAAUAAGGAGGAAGUCAUGGUAUUCAAACCACGUCUCGAGGAAGCCCAACGUCAUGCGCGGAAUGAGAUGAAAACCCUAAUGGAUGACCGUGGCAAGAAGGGCUCGGUGUUGAAAGGACGUCACACUGCUAGAGCUGCUGGAGGGAAAAGGCGGCACGAUGGCAUGGACGCCGAGGAAGGCUAGAAUACUCAAGCACAUGUUGUGAAGGGAAGCCCAGAGGACUUGUGGAAAAGGGGUUAUGAUGUUCCUGACUAGAUUUGAUACCCGGCGAUUUGAAAGCUACUGCUACAUUACCAUCCCAAAUACUAAGUAAUGAUGGUGAUAUGAUGCAUCGCCUAAAAGGGGGAAACGAAGGCCUGAACAUCUUCAUCACUAAAUUUUCUAGGUAAAUAGCUGCUGUCGAAGGAUUCAGAGGCUCAAAGAUAAAUGUCGCUGUACCAUGUGCAGUACAUCGCCUUCUGAGAGAUCCCAAACUCGACGUCUACCUAGGUUAAACAAACACGAGAUCAAAUUACCCCUUA